UACUGGGCUGAGCCUUGCAGCUCCUUUCCCUGCUCAGAUAGGAGCCACUGGGAUCUGGAGCUCCAACUUCCAAAUUGAAGCUGGCCUCAGGCCAGGUGACCUUCUCUUUGCAUCGCCAGUGGGAUCCGCCAGCACAUCCAGCAGCACCAUGUGGGUGACCAAACUUCUGCCAGUCUUACUGCUGCAGCACGUCCUCCUCCACCUCCUGUUUCCCAUUGCCAUCCCCUAUGCAGAAGGACAGAAGAAAAGAAGAAACACACUUCAUGAAUUCAAAAAGUCAGCAAAGACUACUCUAAUUAAAGAAGACCCAUUACUGAAGAUAAAAACAAAAAAAAUGAACACUGCAGACCAAUGUGCCAACAGAUGUAUUAGGAAUAAAGGACUUCCAUUCACUUGCAAGGCCUUUGUUUUUGACAAAGCAAGAAAGCGAUGCCUCUGGUUCCCUUUCAAUAGCAUGUCAAGUGGAGUGAAAAAGGAGUUUGGCCAUGAAUUUGACCUCUAUGAAAACAAAGACUACAUUAGAAACUGCAUCAUCGGUAAAGGAGGUAGCUAUAAGGGAACGGUAUCUAUCACUAAAAGUGGCAUCAAAUGCCAGCCCUGGAAUUCCAUGAUACCACACGAACACAGCUUUUUGCCUUCGAGCUAUCGGGGUAAAGACCUACAGGAAAACUACUGUCGAAAUCCUCGAGGGGAAGAAGGGGGACCUUGGUGUUUCACAAGCAAUCCAGAGGUACGCUACGAAGUCUGUGACAUUCCUCAGUGUUCAGAAGUUGAAUGCAUGACCUGCAAUGGGGAAAGUUAUCGAGGUCCCAUGGAUCAUACAGAAUCAGGCAAGAUUUGUCAGCGCUGGGAUCAUCAGACGCCACAUCGGCAUAAAUUCUUGCCAGAAAGAUAUCCCGACAAGGGCUUUGAUGAUAAUUAUUGCCGCAAUCCUGAUGGCAAGCCGAGGCCAUGGUGCUAUACUCUUGACCUUGACACCCCCUGGGAGUACUGUGCAAUUAAAAUGUGCGCUCACAGUACUAUGAAUGACACGGAUGUCCCUAUGGAAACAACUGAAUGCAUUCAAGGUCAAGGAGAAGGUUACCGGGGCAUCAUCAAUACCAUUUGGAAUGGAAUUCCCUGUCAGCGUUGGGAUUCCCAGUAUCCUCACCAGCAUGACAUAACUCCUGAAAAUUUCAAGUGCAAGGACCUAAGAGAAAACUAUUGCCGAAAUCCAGAUGGGGCUGAGUCACCGUGGUGUUUUACCACUGAUCCAAACAUCCGAGUUGGCUACUGCUCCCAAAUUCCAAAAUGUGAUGUGUCAAGUGGACAAGAUUGUUAUCGUGGGAAUGGCAAAAACUAUAUGGGCAAUUUAUCCAAAACACGAUCUGGACUAACAUGUUCGAUGUGGGACAAGAACAUGGAAGAUUUACAUCGGCAUAUCUUCUGGGAACCAGAUGCUAGUAAGCUGAAUAAGAAUUACUGCCGCAAUCCUGAUGAUGAUGCCCAUGGUCCCUGGUGUUACACGGGGAAUCCUCUCAUUCCUUGGGAUUACUGCCCUAUUUCUCGUUGUGAAGGUGAUACCACACCUACAAUAGUCAAUUUAGACCAUCCUGUAAUAUCUUGCGCCAAAACAAAACAAUUGCGAGUUGUAAAUGGGAUUCCAACACGAACAAAUGUAGGAUGGAUGGUUAGUUUGAAAUACAGAAAUAAACAUAUCUGUGGAGGAUCAUUGAUAAAGGAAAGUUGGAUUCUUACUGCAAGACAGUGUUUCCCUUCUCGAAACAAAGACUUGAAAGAUUAUGAAGCUUGGCUUGGAAUUCAUGAUGUCCAUGGAAGAGGAGAUGAGAAACGCAAACAGGUUCUAAAUGUUACCCAACUGGUAUAUGGGCCGGAAGGAUCAGAUCUGGUAUUACUGAAGCUUGCUAGGCCUGCUGUUCUGGAUGACUUUGUUAGUACAAUUGAUUUACCUAAUUAUGGGUGCACAAUUCCUGAAAAAACCACUUGCAGUGUUUAUGGCUGGGGCUACACUGGAUUGAUCAACUCGGACGGUCUAUUACGAGUAGCACAUCUCUAUAUUAUGGGGAAUGAGAAAUGCAGCCAAUAUCAUCAAGGGAAGGUGACUCUGAAUGAGUCUGAAAUAUGUGCUGGGGCUGAAAAUAUUGUAUCAGGACCAUGCGAGGGAGAUUAUGGUGGCCCACUGGUUUGUGAACAACAUAAAAUGAGAAUGGUUCUUGGUGUCAUCGUUCCUGGUCGUGGAUGUGCCAUUCCAAAUCGUCCUGGUAUUUUUGUCCGAGUGGCAUAUUAUGCAAAAUGGAUACACAAAAUUAUAUUAACGUAUAAGGUACCACAGUCGUAGCUGAUGUAACUGUGUCUGAAGCUUCCAAUAAUACAACUCUCCUUUACAUGAAGAUUUCAGAGAACAUGGAAUUAAAAUGUAACUUAAAAAAUCCCAAGACAACUACUUGAGUGUCAUGUUUGUUAAGAUACUCACUAAUAUUUAUGGGUGUUUUCUGUUGUUUCGUUUGUCAGUGUUAUUUUGUAAAUGUUGAAGUGAAUUAAGGUACAUGCAAGUGUAGUAACAUAUCUCCUGAAGAUACUUGAAUGGAUUAAAAAAUGCAAAGGUAUAACUGCUGGAUGCUAAAGAUAUAAUGGAAAAGAUCAACUAAUCUCUCUCGGCUGCUUUCCAAGGUUAGUUUCUCAAUAAUAAAUAAGCCAUAAGUUAAACAUUAUUUCAACCUCACAAAAACAAUUUAUAUCUUGUGUCCUUAAAUUGUAACUCUAUAUUAAAUUAUAUUACCUUUAAUAUGCCAUACAUUAUAUUUCAUUCAUUUCUCCUCACCAUGUAUCCUGUAAUACUGGUACAUAUACUCCUUUAUAAACGCAUAUACCUAUACACAAAUGCCUGGGUACACAUGUGCAUGCACUACAGUUCAAAUUGUAGUGUAUCUAAUAUAGCCCCUAAAUGUUCUGAAAUUGUGUACUUAUAGUUUUUCCUUAAUAAAAAUAUAAAAAAUUCUAAAGACCAGUAGAAAUAUUAAAGAAAGGUGCAAGAUAGAAGUGACUAGAUCAUCCUCCAUCCAUAAUCUGCAGAUGACCUCUACUGGUUGGCACGUGAGGUGUGGUCAUGACCUACGAAAUUAAAUAACACCUAACCUAGGUUCUUACAUAUAUUUAUUAUCCAAGUUAUUUUAUGUAGUUUCUAAUUCUUAAAGAGAAGAGGCUAAUAUGUGUAGUAGUAUUAUUUCUUUCCUUCAAAUUUAGGGACAAUUAUUUAUGCAAGAUGUUUUUAGAUCUUUUUUCCUAAAGUAUUUAAAAAAUUCUGAGAUGACUAAUUGAAGUUUAAAAGUGUUUUGGUCUUUAAAAUGUAUGUAAAUAUCUUAACUCUAAGACUUGCUGCUGUGAUUGGCUUCUAUCUAACCUUCUUUAAAUUAAAAACAAUAUUUAAGAGGAAAAUUUCCAUGUCUCCAAAAUUUGUAAACAGCUUUUCAUCAAAUUAUGCAUUAAAAUAUAUAUUGAAGAAAGAAGUCAGAACACUUUUCUCUACCUGGAAGUCUUUUAGCCUAAUAAAACUUUAGUCAAGUAAAGGAAAAAAAAUGUAAAAGGAAAGGAAAGGAACUAGCUUGUCUAAACUCUGUAUUCAGUUAUUUUUUAAAGUACAGUUAAAUCUGCUGAAUGAGAUAUUUUAUCAAAAAUAUCUUCAUUUUAUCUUUAUUUUACAUAGAUCUUUCCUAAUGCAUGGGAAAUAUUCAGAUUUUGUAUUCUGUAUGAUAACAACCAAAUCAUACUUAUUGUUGUAUUAGUCAUGAUUAGCUAAAGAUCAUGUAUUUGCCAAGAAAUGAA